AUGCUUCGUGACGAAGAGAUUUUAGAAUUAUUAGGCGAUGGAAACAUAUCGGAAAUCGGAAGUCCAAGAAGUGAAACCGAAGAAAUUGAUUUUCUAUUCGCAGAAUUUGAAAAUUUGUUAGAUAAUUUUGAUGAUGAAAAUGAAGAUUGUUUAAUUGUGCAGGACGAAGAAUGGAUUCCACCACCAUUAACUAUAACAAGUAAACGUAACAUAAAGUGGGCUCAAAAACCUUUCAAUCAGCCAACUAUCAAAUUAGAUGACUUAGAACAAAAUAAUAAUAUAUUAGAAUUAAAAUCACCUUUACAAUACUUUUCUGAGUAUUUUGAUGAUGAUGUUUUCGAAAAUAUGGCAUAUCAUACUAACCUUUAUGCGGUUCAAAAAGGUGUUACUAGAUUCAAACCUACUGAUAUGUACGAAAUGAAACGUUUAAUCGGUAUUCAUAUCAUAAUGGGUAAUUUAAAAUAUCCACGUGUACGUUUGUACUGGCAAAAACAUUUUGAAGUAAAUUUAGUUACUCAAAAUAUGACCCGAGACAGGUUUUUUUCUUUGCGUAAUAAUUUACAUAUCAUAGACAACAAUGAAAUUCCUAAUGGAAACAAAGGCAAAUUUAUAAAAGUCAGGCCGUUGUAUACUGUUCUCCAAAAAAAAUGUAACAGUCUACCAAUGGAAAGAAACUUGUGUGUCGAUGAGCAGAUGGUUCCCUUCAAAGGGCAACUAUCUAUUAAACAAUAUAUAAAGGGAAAACCUAUUAAAUGGGGGGUAAAAGUUUUUCUAUUAUGUGGCGAAAGUGGAACGAUUUAUAAUAUUUUGCCGUUUCAAGGGUAUUAUGAAUGUGACCAAGACUUAAUAAAACACGUUGGUUCUGGAGCUACUGUUGUGUUGUAUCUUACGCAAAACGUGAAGCCAAAUCGACAUUUUUUAUUUUUUGAUAAUUUUUUUUCUUCAUUUGGCUUAUUUGAAAGAUUACAACAACUUCAAAUAUAUGCUGCUGGGACAAUUCGAACAAAUUGGUUUGCUAACCCACCAUUGUUGAGUGACAAAGAAAUGCGUAAACUGGGCAGAGGAGCCACAUUCGAGGUAACAACAGAUGUACCUGGUUGUAAUAUUGGCAUUGUAAAAUGGUUCGACAACAAAGCAGUCAAUUUAGGAUCAAAUUUCAUAGCGUCUGGAGAAGUAGGCCGUGUAACUCGUUGGGAUAAAAAAAAAAACGGUUUGUUGAUAUUGAAAGGCCCGAAAUAG